UCAGUCUACCAACAAACAGCCUCCAACAGUGCGAUUGGCAGCGGCAGCGAGAGUAACAGCCUGACAGACGCAAUAUAUAUUUAUAUAUAUAUAUAUUAUUUUUUUCCCCCUUGGAAGGCGAGAGUGUGUUCUCGGUGCUGCAAGCUUCGUUCCCGGAAUGGACACUUCGCAACCCGGUGUGUUUUUAGGUGCACUGGGUGUCAGAGAGGAGCAUCCUGCGCACGGAUUUCACUGACUGAUUUCAUGCAUCCGCAUUGGGAAAUGAUGGAGCUGGUUAGAACAGACAGCAGCUGCGCGCUACCUGUGUCACCCUCACAUCUCCAUUGACAACUCUGCAUGUACAUUUUCUUUUAUAUUUAUAUAUAUAUAGAGAGAGAUUUUACUCUUUGUGAUCAGAAAUGCUUCUUCAAUGCUGGCUGCUGACAUCCCACCAGCCUUCUUAAACCUUGUCAGGAUCGUGUGGGUGAGGGGGGGUGAACCGACAUGGAUAGUGGGAAUCGGGGGAUCGGAGACGUUGCAGCCAAUUUCACAGCAGCCUACCUCAGGCUGGAUCUCCUGAACGCUUCGAGCCCGCCGACCCGGUGGGACAGCAGUCCACCUGCUGAAGGGGCCGGGCUGGAUGAGCUGGAUCAGCAGCGACUCAUCCGAGAGCAAGCCUACCGGGACUUCACCACCACCAUUCAGGUUUUAAUCCUCAUAAGUUCGCUCCUCGGAAAUGCCACGGUGUUGUGGUGCACCUGCUGCACGAAUGUCUUUAAGUCCGUGACAAACCGAUUCAUCAAGAACCUGGCGUGUUCGGGGAUCUGCGCCGGCUUGGUCUGCGUUCCCUUCGAUGUUGCGCUCGGAGCCAGCCCUCGCUGCUGCUGGUGGCUUCACACUCUGCUUCUCUGCAAGGCCAUCAAGUUCCUCCAUAAGCUCUUCUGCUCAGUCACUGUGCUCAGUUUCAGUGCCAUCGCACUUGACAGAUACUACUCUGUGCUGUACCCACUAGAGAGGAAGAUCUCAGAUGCAAGAUCCCGAGAUCUGGUCAUCUAUAUCUGGGUACACGCGACGGUGGCGAGCCUCCCCGUGUUCGCUGUGACCAAUGUGACUGAUGUUUACGUCACCUCGUCCUGUUCAAAUGACUACGCGCACUCCCUGGGCCACAUGGUGUACGUGUUGAUCUACAAUGUUACCACGGUGAUCCUCCCUCUCGCCCUGGUCUUUCUUUUCAUGCUGCUGAUCCGCAGGGCGCUCAGUGCCAGUCAGAAGAAGAAAGUGAUAAUUGCGGCACUGCGGACUCCCCAGAACAGCAUCUCCAUCCCGUACGUGUCCCAGAGAGAGGCUGAGCUACACGCCACUCUUCUAGCUGUGGUGCUGGCCUUCUCAGCUUGCAGUGCUCCCUAUGGGGCCUUGGUGGUUUAUCGAACCGUUUUGGCAGAUACUAAAGAGCUACCCAUCUCACUGUACCUGACAGCGCUCUGGCUACCCAAGGUGUCCCUGCUCACCAACCCACUUUUGUUUCUAACUGUUAACCGCUCAGCGCGUCAUAGCUGGCUGGACUUGAUGGCCAGGAUUCGCAGACGUUACAGCCGCCGUAACGUGGUCAGCACCGGGGGUCUGGCCUCUUUAGGAGCGGAGGGUGUGAUCGGCGAGCCGGUGGGACUGGAGACAGCCGGACGCUCUGGGAGCCAGCUUCUGGAGAUGUUUAAUAUCGGCCAGCAGCAGAUCUUCAGGCCCUCUGAGGAAGACGAGGAAGAAGAGGAUGUAGAGAAUGAGAUCCCUUCUCAGGGAUCAGUGCGCUGUUCUGGAACUAAAGAGGACCACAAGGGUGGGUCCAGACUGGGGAGCCUCAGAGGGGAGGUGAUCACCAAAAAGGACCCUUUGCAGGGGACAGGGGGAGGGUUGAUCAUCACCAAGGAUGGCCCUCCUUCAAUCAUAGCACCCCGGGCUUCUCCGGUUCACUCAUGUGCUUAUGCUUCUUCGUCUCAGGUGGCACCAGCUACACCUACAGAAGCUGAGGACUCCCCACAGUUUGGAUUUGGACCCUUCGAACUGCCACCUCAGUGGUUACCAGAGACCAGGAACAGCAAGAAAAGGCUGCUGCCUCCGCUUGGUAACACACCCGAGGAGCUGAUCCAGACCAAACUGCCCAGGCCGCGACCUGAACGAAGGAUCAGCAGGAACAACAAGGUCAGCACCAUCCCCGCAGUGGACCCAUGAACUAUUCCUGCUGCACACAAUUCAUUUACUGGCUAUGCCUCUUGGGUUGACCUGGCCUUGGGGGGAUAUUGAUGUGUCAAACUGCUCACUGAGAGUGGUUCAUUUAAUCCAUUUCACAUUUUUUCAGAUGUUCUCAGACGCAGUAGUAGCCAGUAUCCAGGUUCUCCGCUGCACAAAAACUAGGCGCCUGAGGCACCACGGCUUGCUUACUGGAUGAAAAUCCAUUUGAUAUUAAAUAUUAACAAUCCUGCGAGAAAUAUGUUCGCUCAGUCCAACUAAAAUAUGGAUGGAUCACUCCCACGGUGGCUCCAUGAUUGAGAAGGCAGAUACCUUUUUGUAUCUCACUUUUCUGAUUAGAGCUGGCAUCAGCAGUUAAAUGAACACACUGUACAAAUCCAAUUAUCCUGAGAGAUGCACUGAUAUGGAAUAAUAAUAUUUCCAUAGCAAAUAAUCAAGCGAGGAUAUUGAACCUCCUAAACGUAACAUUUUGUGAGAUGCUUAUGCCGUGAUUGCACUCUAUAAAUGAACACAUGUCAGUGUCAGUCCGUUCGUUUAACCCUUUGUAGGACUGUUUUUUUGUAACUAUGUUUGACAAGUUGUACAAUAUUUGGGAUUAACUCGCCCUUUGCUGGCCUUUUUUUUUUUUCUUCUCAAAUCUCACUUUUGGAAUAUUCACAUUUCUUCUAAUGUGGUAGAUGUUGUUGUCAUUUGUACUUUAAAUGUAAGUGGAUUUGAUAAAAUGGGAAAACGCAGAUGUACUGUAUGCAAAUACGUGUUAUAAAAAUGUACAAUUUUCAGAGUUUGACUGUGUGUUUAGACUUGUUUUUCUGGAACACAAAGUGCGUCAAAUAGACAGAAAAAAAUGUGAGAAUAUUAUCGGUAUGUUUUGAUAAAGAAUAAGAAAGGAAAGCAAGACUUUGGGGAUCUUUUACUCCCCUUUUAUCCAUUUCAU